CUGUGCCCUGUCUCGACCACUUUGGUUCAUCUGCCAGGAAAGCGUCUUGCGCUGGACGCUAGAUCCGUUUAUCCAUGCUCUCAGCAUUCACGGCUCAGCCCAUUGUCGAGCUGAAGCAGCGCGACAAGUCAAAGAUCGAGUCGAUAUUGUCUCACAGCGACCAGCUGCUUGUUGGCCUCAACACGGGCGCACUCCGCAUUUACAGAAUCAAAAGUCCUCCGUCGCGUCCUACUGAUUCUGACGACGAUCAUGAAGAGCAUAGGGCCACUACCGAAAGGCAAACCGCGACGCCUAAGCCUUCUGAACUGCUUCGGGAGUACGAGAAGUUUUCGAGGUACAAGAUCGAACAACUAGCUGUUUUCCGCGAAGCCAACAUCCUGAUAUCUCUGAGCAACGGUCUUGUCUCAAUUCAUGACCUGGGCACCUACGAACUCAAUGAACAACUCACAAAAACUAAAGGAGCUAGCACCUUUGCCGCCACAAGCAACAUUGUCAAGGAUUCCUCAACUGGUGUGCCUACCCUGGUCAGCAGGUUAGCAGUUGCGGUCAAGAGAAGGUUGCUUAUCUGGACAUGGCACGAUGGAGAGCUCGACGGCGAUGCUGCUGAGGUUGCGUUGUCACACAGCAUCAAAUGCUUGACCUGGGCAACGGGUACGAAAGUUAUUGCUGGGCUGAGUGCAAACUAUGUCCUUGUCGACGUUGAAUCUCACGAGGUGAAGGACAUUAUUGGCCCUGGUAGUAUUGGUGGUGGUUCUGGCCAAGAAAGCAGUAGAUUGGGAGGUACAAUGAGCUAUAUCGGCAUGGGGUCGAUAGUCCCGGCACCACUUGCAACGGGACUCGGAGAAAACGAAAUGCUGCUGGCAAAAGAUGUCAACACCCUCUUCAUCGACCGCAACGGAGAUCCAAUACCUCGACGUCAGGUUCCGUGGCGCACGGCUCCGCAUGCCGUCGGGUAUUCAUACCCUUACCUCCUCGCUUUGCAGGAAGCUACAAAAGGCGUACUGGAAGUCCGCAACCCCCAAACGCUCACUUUACUUCAAUCAAUUGAUCUUCCUGGUGCGGUAUUACUUCAGGUCCCGAACCCGAACAUCAGUCUUGCCCAUCAAGGGAAAGGAUUUCUGGUCGCCAGUGAGCGCAUCGUCUGGAGGAUGCAGGGGUUGAAUUAUAAUGCCCAAAUUGAUGCUUUGGUCGAAGCCAGUCAACUAGAUGAGGCAAUCAGUUUGUUGGAGAUGAUAGAAGAGACCCUCAUCAAAAACAAAGCUGGGCGCUUGCGGGAGAUCAAAAUGCAGAAGGCCCAGCGCCUUUUCGAUGAAAAGAAAUUCAGAGACGCGCUUGACCUGUUCGGUGAGGUCUCUGCACCUCCUGAACGGGUGAUAAAGCUAUAUCCCGCAGUCAUUGCAGGUGACCUUGCGGAUGAGGAACGCGGUGCUGCCGUGGGAAGCGAAACGGAGCCAAAGGCCGACGAAAGCCCUCGGAAAUCGCCUAGAAAGUCAGACGUUGCCUCUAGUCCUACGAAAAAGACAAAGGCCAUUCCCUCAGAGGCUGAUACAGCAAGCAUACAGAGCAUGAAAACCGCAGAUCGCACAGGAGGUGAAGGCCUUUCGGAAAAAGAACUCAAAACCGCUGCCCGAGAGCUCCAGGCAUUCCUUGCCGACGUCCGCCGCCGCCUACAACGAUUCUUCAACCCGGACCAGACAGUACGCAGUCUAUCUGAAGUCCAAAUCGCAGCCCAAUCCGAGGAUAUCCGGCAGAUCACAGAACAUCUUCUUGGACUGCCUACGCUAGAUGACGUUGACCUUGCCGACAAACUGCUGGAUGUGGCCAAACUCGUUGACACCACCCUUUUCCGCGCUCAUAUGUACGCCACACCCUCGCUCGCUGGGUCACUGUUCCGGAUACCCAACUUCUGCGAUCCUGAGGUUGUAAUGGCGAAGUUGGAAGAGACGGAACGGUACAAUGAUCUGAUCGAGUUUCUAUAUGGGAAACGAUUGCACCGACAAGCAUUGGAGAGACUGAAAAAGUUUGGGCAAACCGAGAAGACCGAAGACAUCGAUCCACAGCUGCAUGGACCAGCAAGGACGGUCUCAUACCUUCAAAACCUGGGGCCGGAUCUGAUUGAUAUGAUACUAGAGUUUGCCAGGUGGCCACUGGAGACGGAUCCAGAAAUGGCGAUGGAGAUCUUUUUGGGCGACACGGAGAACGCAGAGUCACUUCCGCGUGAGAAAGUUCUCGCAUUUCUCGAGUCAAUCGACAUAGACCUAGCGUUGCGGUAUCUUGAACACGUGGUGGACGAACUGGACGAUCUAACCCCUGAACUGCACCAACGCCUGGCCACGCUCUAUCUUGAGCGCUUGAAGGACUCGACCGCACCGAACCGAGACGAUCUGCUUGAUAAAUUCCUAACAUUGCUGAGGACAUCUGAUCAGUACUCACCCGCAAAAACCCUGGGAUUACUCCCUCGCGAUGAUCCAACGUUCUAUGAAGCACGGGCCAUCGUCUUUAGUAAGAUGGGCAACCACAAGCAAGCUCUGGAAAUCUAUGUCUUUAGAUUACACAACCCUGGCAAAGCGGAGGAAUAUUGCAAUCAAACGCAUCUGGAGACAACCGGCAAAUACUCCAGCAAGUUGGCUUCUCGUAAGAGACCUUCAACGACCGACCCCGUCGAUGAAGAGCCAUCAAUCUAUCAUAUCCUCCUAAACCUCUACCUGAAUCCGCCGAAAGGGGAGCAGGCAUUAUUCGGACCAGCCAUUGAGUUGAUGGCCCGACACGGACCCAGGCUGCCGGCAAGUUCGACGUUGGAGUUGAUCCCUGAAGACUUGCUGGUGAAAGAGCUAGAAUUUUACUUCCGUGGAAGAAUACGGAAUGCCAAUACUAUCAUGAACGAGUCGAUGAUAGUCUCUGGGUUGAGAAAGGUGGACGCCGUUCGAGUUCAGGCCGCUUUGCUCCUUGGGGAGGGUGCCCAGUCAGGCGGUCGAGGGAGAAAAGUGAGGAUCGAUGAGGAUCGAGUUUGUGGUGUCUGCUAUAAGCGACUUGGUGGCAGCGUGAUCAGUGUGUUUCCGGACAAUUCCGUCGUGCACCUCGGAUGUGCAGUGCGCAAGCAAAGUGAGAUUGCGGCCAAGGUGGUCUAACGGAGUGAUGUCCAUAAGCUAGUGAUUUUAUGAUACCCAUGAGCGAUUUCUGUUCUCAUGUCUCAUCCUG